AGUACAAAUAAAAAUAAAGUACAAAUAACAACAAAGUACAAAUAAAAAUAAAGUACAAAUAAAAUUCAAAAAAUCUAUGAACCUAAAUUGAAAUCAUAUAGUCUUUACUCCUUAUAGUCAGUCAUUCAAGUGUCAUCCACCCAUCCUUCUCCCUCUAUUUCCUUUGCUGCGCAAUCAACGUUCUCCCUUGAACUAGCUUCUGAGUUACAAGAACAACUCGAGUGAUACACUUAGCUGCACUUUUAUCGCCUGAUAAUUCUCAAUUGUUGAAAAUGUUGAACUGGUUUACUGUGACCGUUGAUCAUGAGAAGAAGAAGCAUGCUGUGGCAGAAGGGGCACCUCAAUCCCUCCGCUGACAGCCGGAUUUUGGUCUUGCCGUCGACUAAAGCCUUGGGCAAUGAAGAAUAGUCGUUCACAUGUUCUUUGGUGAAGCCAAUCACCAUGGAUGAUAGGAUUGCUUGGGUUAAACAUAUGCGCUGUGUGGUGAUGAAUUGGAAGUUGAACAAGGUGGUAUUGCUGGUGUUACUUCAAGGCUGGAUGAUUUGGUAAAUUUUAUCAAACUAAUUUUGAAGAUCGCUUUGAAAAGGUAUUGCUGGUGAUGAAUGUUGAUGUUGGUUGGUGAUGUAUUAGGUAUGUAACUGAUGUACUGUGGUUAGCUUACUAAAUGAUGAAUGAAUAACAGUGGUACUUAUUAUGUUAUUUGGGUUGAUCAUUAUGCCAUCUUUGAAUUUUCUUGACUUGUAAUUAUGGUUGGUAUGACCAUUGGGAAGGAAUAUUAAAAUUAAAGAUUCUUUCAGUUACCGAAAAAUCAGAUUGUUCAAGUCUUUUCUUGUCAAAGUAAUAUUUAAUUGCAAUUAAUAUACUACAUAAUUUUGACAAUAGCUUUGUUAUAUAUGUAUAUAUCUAUAUAUAUAGCAGUGUUUUCUAUCAUGCAAAUUAGCUACUGAAUUGUGCUAAAAAGCUAAGUAUAAAUAAAAAUCUUAGUAAAUUGUUCAGAAUCUUGAAUGGCAAAUACUGCGAUGACAUUUACCAUUUGUUAUGAAGAUCAUCACAAAGAUAAGCUAGUAUGAAACAUAUAAUUAUUGCUUUAUUAUUGCUGUAGUUAUGUGUUUUGGUGAGAUUACUUUCUAACAUGUGUAUGUUUUGUUGUUGCUUAUAUAUUGAGCUGGUAUUUUGCUUAUGUGUAUUAAUUUACAGCGUAUUCCUGAUGAAUUUAAGGAUAUAUUGAAUGAUGGUGAUAAAGGGGUUGACUUGCAACUACAAGAGUAUGGCAGAGUGUGGGAAGCUACUAUGGCACAUGAAGAGGACAGAGAUGGUUGGAUGACUAUCUUAGCAGGUGGUUGGGUUGAUUUUGUUGAAGAAAAUGAGAUAAGGGUUGGCGAUGGUCUAAAGUUUACAUAUAGAGGGAAUAGCUGUUUCUUGGUAAAGAUUUUAAGGCCAUCAGGAAGCAAGAAAUCACAAAGAUCUGAAGCUGCAAAGAGCACUGGUGGCUCAAGCUCAAGCAAGAGGCCAGGACGUGGCUCAAGCUCGAGUAAGAGGCCAGGGUGCAGCCCUUCUUACCAUGGUAGCUCAGCAAAUAUAAUCGAAACAAAUGAAUGGAUUGAUGACCUUGCACGUUCCUGUUCUAAGCCACAUUUCAAGUUCAUUUUCAUUGCAGCUUACCUUAAGAAAGGAGUAAUUAAUGUUACUGUUGACUUUGCUAACAAUUGGUUCAACAACUGUGGUGAUUCAACUAAUGUGCUGCUUCAAAACUCUGAUGAGCAAAUCGCUGCGAAGCUGAGAGUUGUGAAGAAGGAUGGUCUCAUUACCAAGUGUGAACUAAGUGGUGUUAGGGAAUUUACUGAUCGGUACAACGUUCAGGUAGAAGAAGGUGCAUUGAUUAAGUUUCAAGAAGGACAUCCUGCAGUGUUUGAUGUAGAUCUUGUCUUAGUGUGAGCCACUAAAGAUGAUCAAUUGUUUAAGCUUUUAGGAAGUAAUAAUAGUAGAAUGAUGAUUAGAAUGCAGUUUAAGUUUCUGUACUGUUGGCUUUAUUAUGAUUGUAUG